AUGGAUCCUGCCCAUGGACUGAUAGGUCUCAGUGGGCUGGCAAUUGGUUGGAUUUUCUCUAGGCCGAUUGAAUCGAAAGAGCCAACUGUUUGCCAGUGCCACUGCGCAGUCCCGCCGGAGAGAGGGCAGGAGAACAACAACAACGCAGUCCUGUGGGUCUUCAUUGUGAUCUUCACUGCAUUACUCGGCGCCAAUCUUUUCUUGGUGUUAAAGAUCAGUUUCCGCAAUACAGAAGGUGGGGGCCAAGAACUCACUUUGUCGUUGAAAGGGCGUCCUGGCAAGGGGAGCAUGAAUGCUGGGGAUGUGGUAUAUGUCUUGUAUCAUGGGGAUCCCGGAGUUUACCACACACGCAUCCUGGCCGCCGAGUUGGAACCGCAGGAGUGGAUGAUCAUCACGCCGGAUAGGGACAUUUAUCCCGAAGUCUAUGCUGGAGUGAAUCCGGAUAUCCAAAGGUUCUGGCAUGCAGCAGACGGCCGAGUGCCUAGAGGAGUGCCAGCAGGCCAAGUGUAUGGCUUCGCACCAAUGGACGCGAGGCAUUUUGGGGAUCUCUUGAGGUCCGGGCGGCGGGAGGCUGACAAUGAGCUCCAGAGGAGAAGGGCUGCGCCACAGGCCCCGCCGGCGCCCUUGCCGGUGGUGGGAGCUCCAGCUGUCCACGGCGCAGCCCCACCUGCCCCUGCCCAAGGGGCAGUCGCUGCCGCGGGGGUGGUGACAACUUGGGUGGCGAUGGAGACAGGCGGUGCCUACCAGCAAGGGGACGUGAUUGCAACUGAUCCCGCUCCGCUACCGCUUGGUCACGUCAUCUCUGGAGACCGUGCUUUGGUCCCAUCACAGGGCAAGGUCAUCGCUGCAUGCAAGGUUGCUGCUGACAAAGUUGCCGAGAUGAAGUUUGAUGAUGUGAGGGUGCUCCCUGUCUCUUUUGAUGCCCAGGGCAUUCGGAGGAGAGAGUUCAACUCUUGUGUCGCGCUGCUGCGUGAAGUUUCUCCCCAAGGAGGAGGACUUCAGCUUCAGGGUCCUGCAUCUCUGUUGAAUGUCAUCAAGAUGAUCCGGGAUCAGGGGCUCACGCCAACUACUUUUCAUGAGUUUUGGCUGCGUCAGGCUGAAAUAUCUAAAGGCGAUAGAUCCGUCUACGAGCACGAGUGUCUGUCACGCAUCCUUGAAAGCAUGUUGGUGGUGGAUCAACUACAUGUCCCAGCCCUUCAGUCUGCAGAGCUAGUGGUCAGACGAAUGCAAGUCAUACGAGAAGCUCACAGGAUCUCUCCAUCGGCUCCGGACUAUUCGGCGGCCGACUUGUACAUGGGAUGGAAGUACCGCAAGGCCACUCAAGGGGUCGACCCAGGUCUGGCGGCACACGUCGCCUCGGAGCUCAAGAACGAGGCAGCAGUGGCCAAGGAGGCCAGGAAGGCGAGAGAGGAAGCCGAAAACCGUCGCCGAAAUCCGCGGGGUCCAAAGAAGGAUCCUUCGGGUGGAGGCGGCAAUCAGUAA